AUAGAAUUCCUCAAACUUUAAUUGCAAUAUAAAUUUUAAUAUUGUGUUAGUAAAGAUAAAUUCUUUGUGUAGGUACUGUGACGGUGUCAACUUCAUUCCACGUAACAAAUAUGAUUUUUGAUGGCAAUUCCGCAGAGGUCAAUGCAUUUAGAGCAAGGUUACCAUUGCAUGUUGAUGAUGGGGGUCCAGUGGGUGGUCUCAUGCUAGCUGGGGUAGAUGAUGAUGAUCACGGGGUUAUGUCUAUAACCACAAAUAGAAAUCUAUUGGAGACAACUAAGCCUGGGCCAUAUUGGAUUGUUGGUGAAAUAGCAUCUCUAGAAAAUGUUGCUGAUUGGUGUUAUUUGGGAUGUACUGAUUGCAACAAGAAAGUAAUCCCCGAUGGCGAGAGUUUCAGGUUCAAAGUUAAUGUUCGUGUUUACGAUUCAACCGGUCAUGCCUCAUUCAUUCUUUGGGACAGAGAAUGCAAGAAUGUCUUGGGUGCAAGCGCCUUCUUAUUGAGAGAGAUUAUGCUAGAGAGAAACAUGGAUCCGAAUUUGCUCCCAACCGAAUUGAAUCGCUUCCUUGGACAGAAGUGUUUGUUUAAUGUUCUCUUGAAACCAGAUGUCGGUAGUCCACAUUGGAUAGGGCCAAGGGCUUUUGGUGUUAGAUCUUUGGUCACUGACCCGAAGAUCUUGAAAAACUAUGAACAUGUUGCAUUUGUAAAGGACGAGGAAGUCGAGGAAGAAAGUGAAGGUUGGUGGAAUUCACUAGAAGAUUUGAGCCAAAAAGUGAAUGAAGUGAUUGGUACAAGUGAACCGAGUUCAAGCCAGAGCGUGAACACAAGGCCAAGAAAGAUUGAUGAUGUCGAUGAGAAUGACUCCGAGACAUUCUCCUUAAGUAUUUUGUAUGUUGAUCUCUUAAGUUAGAAGUGUUUUUAUAACACUUUAAGUCUUAUCAAAGCUAUUUGAAAUGCUAUCAUUGGGUCAUAAGAAAAUCAUAAAUUUGCAUUCCUUUU